AUGACAGCCAUCUCGCGCCUCGUUGCAACAGCGGUGACGAACACAGUUAAGGCUCGUGCUGAUGAGUUGGUGAAGAGCGUGGUUGAUACAGACUGGCGGACUGAGCUGAGCCAUUUCAGCCGCGAAGUUGGGGAGGAAUCCAAGACAUUGAAAGAGAAGACGGCAGAGCUAGUUGAGCAUCUUCCCGAGCAAGUGGUGCAUUUGCCUGAGAAGGCCGAGGAGGCUCUGCAUCACCUUCCUACCAAAGUUCAAUUACCGAAAGAUGUGGGACAAACACUCGAGGGUGUCGGCGUCGUCUUCGCACAUUUAAGCAAGUCGCUGCUGCAGGGAACCAAGGAGCUUAUCGAUGAGCUGAAGGAGGGCGUGGAAACCGAAAUUGCUGCCGCGUCACGCGAGGGCAAACGUGCUGCACGGGGCAAGUCUGCAAGCUCUUCGACGGCAAAGCUUACCUCAGCGGCGGCGAAGUACAAUCGCUUCGAGGCUGAGGUUGCGGCUAUGCAGCGCGACAGCAGCACCUACUGCGAUGAGCCAGAUGAUGCUGAGGACUACGCGCGGUGGAAGGCUGGGUUUAGCCUCGAGGGCGUCAAGGCGGAUAUCACUCGUAUCCUGUCGGACAACGCCUUUAUGGCAGAGCUACAGUCCCGUUUGGUGCCCAUCAUUGUGGAAUACGAUGACUUUUGGAACCGCUACUUCUACCGACUGCACAAACUGCAGCAGAAAGAGGAGCAAAGGCAGCAGCUUGCGCAGCGUGCAAAGACAUUGCAGGAGGAUGACGUGCCUCUGGGCUGGGGCGAUGAGGAUGAGGUGCAGCUGUCGCCGCCUUCAAGCAGUAAUCCUCCUGCGGGAUCCUCCUGCCCAACCGCGUCCGACGUUGGUCCGACAGCGACACCUGCGCCAGUCGCGCAGACGGAGUCAGAGGUAGCCGUCGGGACCCUCUCUGCUUCUGCAACCAAGCCGCGGUCGCCAUCUGCGUCGGAAUCGGCGGGCGUAACUGAGGCCGGGGUAAGCGAGCUUAACGACUUAGAGCAAGCUGCUGUGGCCAGGGUUGCAGCUGCGGCAGUGGCAACUACAGCAUCCGCGUCUGAACCGGUAGACUUGGACCGCAAGUCACAGAGCGCCGGUGGGGACACCACUGCUGGCAGCGGCGGCACCAGCGGGAGCGCAUCAGUAGCGGACGGUGGACAGUUGGAGGCGGAGUCCCACGUGGAAACUGCCAGUGAUAGCAGCACCAAGGAGUGGUGCGUCGUUUCGUCUAAUGCUCAGCAGAGACCAUCUUCUGACAGCACUGCGGCGGCAGAAGGCCCGGCCAAAGAUGUUACUCCGCCGCCGUCGGAAAGCCCGGCUACCCGGUCGAGCGGCGGUGCGGUGCAUGUCCCUGGGCCGUCCGCGACGGACGACUCGGUUGCCGCUGUCGAAACGGGGGCCUCCGAAGCCCCUGUUCCGGGGUCGGAUAAGGUUCCUAAAAAUGUGCAGAAGGCCAAGGGCGCAGCGCAGGCGCUAGCAGAGGAAGAGCUUGAUGAAGAUUGGGGAAAUUGGGACUAAGGUGCAGGUGGGGUUUACUCCUCCUUCUGGAGGCCUUCACCAAGCCGUUGUACAUAUCAAUCACCUGGACAAGGCGGAGUGCGGCGUGCUGCUGGGAUGUCUUGAAAGGCAUCGGAAUUGAGUCGGCAAAUGGGGGUGACUGCAUCUUUAUGCACAAUCUAGCAUCACCUAUUCCUCAUCGCUUAUGUUAUAUUAGAGGGUUUAGGACACAUACGGUGAGACUUGCGCGUGGAUUGUGGAUUUUGAUUGGAUUACGGUGCGGUAUUUGUGCGAUUUUUGUCGUAGACAGAUGGAAACUUGGUAACAGAGUCGGCUGGAUGGUGUGUUGCGCAUGUGCGUGAUUUAGGUUUUGUGGUUGGUAAAACGUGGUUGGUAAAAUAAAAAGACCUUUUAUCAAACAGUUAUGGUAUGAAACUUCUGUAAACUUAUCUUC